AUGGUCGCAUCACAUAGCAUAACAUUCAAUGAAAAUCGCACAAAGCUCAUGAGUCUUCUCGGGUUUAGCCAGGAAGAAAAUUUCUACGAAUGGCGCCAAUCCGAGUACUUUCUCUCAGCCUGGGACACAUUCCAAAACGAGUUCAUCCCCUCCUAUGACUUAGCAGAAGAGAUAGCAUCAUACACGACUAAAGACAUCCUUGAAUACAUCGGAAACAUGCCUGAAAACUACUUUACGCGGUUCGACUCUCCUGAUAUUAUUGACGGACCGUUUGAAUGGUGCAUUUGGACGGUAUCUCUUCUUAUCCGGCUCAACUCAGAUUGGCCCAAAGGCGCACCGAAUCUCAGAUACAAAGUAUGCGACAUGAAAAUUCAGAGCAUUGACCAAGCGAAGUCCAAUGCUAUAUACGAUACGGACCGAAAGUACCGUUACGAUAUCAUGCUAGAGGUUGUUGACCACGAAGUCCGCUUUGCGAACGAUAUCGAGAAGGACAUUGCCCGUCUGACACGCGCAUUGAAGAUCCCUUGUUCGACUGACGUAUCCAAAUACCCGGAUGUAGGACUUGUGGAAAUAUUCUGGGAGAAUGGGUUUGAUUUUGUGGAGACGGAGGCAGAGAGACGCUGCAUAAUCAAUGGUAUAUGCGGAAACACUAUGAGCACUUUCGUCGAUAGAGUUCGGGAAAUCUUCAGGCUCAAGGAACGCAAGCAGACUAUUGUGGCCCUCGGCAUGGUCAGUGAAUGGGGAACAGUGGACUACCACAGCUUCUCUCUUUUGCGGACCCAGAGACUCUCGAUCAAAGCGAAUGGGCAACGAUCUUUCCGCCUUUUGACGAAGCAAAUCCCCGAAGUGGCGUGCGUCGGAGGGCAAUUUUCGGUGAAUGAUUGA